AUGGAUCAAAGACUCUACACAGCUUCAUGCAAUGGAGAUAUAGGAGCUUUAUGUGAAUUGCUAGAACAAGAUCCUCUUAUUCUCCACGACGACAUACUUACACCAUCAGACACUGCACUGCACAUAGCAACAAAACUGGGGCAUGCAGAUUUUGCUAAAAUGGUUAUGAAUCGAAACCCAGAAUUGGCAACAGAAUUAAAUCACAAAGGAUUUAGCCCAAUUCAUUUGGCUGCAACAAAAGGGUACUCACAAAUCGUAGCAGAUUUGCUUAAUAUUAAUAGCAAACUCUGCUUUCUCAAAGAUUGGGACGGAAGGACUCCUCUCCAUUGUGCUGCGAUAAAAGGAAGGCAAGUUGUUAUGGAACAAUUACUAUCAUGUUGCCGUAAGGCAGCUAAGGAGCUCACUCAUAAAGAGGAAACUGUGCUUCACCUUGCUGUCAAAAGUAAUCAGUGUGAGGUUGUCAAAUCUUUGCUUUCGCUUCUUACACAUAACAAUCUUGUUGAUGAUCUUGUGAAUUGUGUGGAUCAAGAUGGAAACACGAUAUUGCACCUGGCUACCGAAAGGAAACAAGUGCAGAUUAUAAAAAUUUUGUUAACAGAGACAAAGGUGAAUGUCACUGCUGAAAAUGCAAAUGGGGAAACGGCACUUAAAAUUACAAAAUUAAGCACGUCAGAAGGCGAUGACAGGAUCAUUAAGAAAAUGCUUUAUGAAGUCCAAGAAAGAAAGUCUCCUGAAGAGCAAAUUGUAGUGGUCGAUUCCCUUCAAAGUCGAGCAGAGCUUGCAAAAAACACAACAAUGAAAGUAGAGAACCUAGAAGAGGACGCGAUAACCACAACAGUGAACUCAGAAAACCCAUCAGAAAUACUAACAAGAUUAGAGAGACGUUUUGAGUCAGUGAAAAAUGGAAUUAUCAUUUUAGCUUCAAUGUGUGCAGCUUUUAGCUUUGCAGCUGUAGUGAGUCCUCCUGGUGGUUUUUGGCAAGAUUGGCCUUCAAUUAAUAUUACGAAUAUUACUCAAAUAGCAAAAACAGAAAAUUUAACCAACUCAAUGUUUUUCAACCCACUUCAUACAUGGCCAAAAAAGAUUCAAUUUUUAAAACCCCAUUUAGAUUUAUCUUCUCCAAAUCUUUACAAUCCUGGUAAGGCUAUGAACAUUGCUUUAGCUUCAUAUGAUUUUGUUCGGUUUCUAUACUCUGAUGCUCUUUGCUUCACUUCUUCAUUAGUGACUAUUGUUCUGAUCAUUAUAACUCCCGCUCUUGGUCAUUUCAGAAGAUGUGUAUUUCAUGCGACACUUAAGUCUAGUGAUUUAAGGGUCUUGCUUGUAAGAAUUGAGGAAUAA